CGCAAGGCGAUGACACAUGUGCCAAGAUAAAGUUGAAUAAGUUAUUUCAUUUGGAGCUGUUAUCUACAUAGAGGCCUGUACAUAUUUGACUACAUAAUAGUGCUGUAGCAGAUAGAUACUGGCAUUACAAAAUGGAGCGUCGUCAGCCUAAACUAGACCAGUCGCAUACAAAAGACAGGUUUAAAGGACGCGUUGCCGUGGUAACCGGGGGAGCCUCUGGUAUCGGUAAGGAGUGCGUCAAACGCUUCAUUAAUGACGGCGCGUCCGUGGCCUUUCUAGACACCAAUCAAGAAGCGGGCCAACUGCUUGAGGCGGAGCUGAAAGCGGCCGGACAUGACGCCAUAUUUUACCAUAUCGACGUCUCGGACAGGGACGCAUGUUUCGGGGCCGCAAAAGACAUAGCAGGGAAGCAUGGUGGCUGCAUCCACGCUGUGGUUAACUGCGCUGCAAGUUUUCUAUUUAGAGCUUUAGACGCGUCCAUGUCCGACUGGGAGACGAUAAUGGGUGUGAACGUGGCGGGCUCUUCAAAUGUGGUACAGGCAUGUUAUCCUUUUAUGAAGAACGAGGGACCAGAAACGCGCGCCGUAGUAAAUAUCGCCAGCGUAUCUGCCCAUUGCAGUCAGAAGCAGCACUGGACGUACAACAGUAGCAAAGGGGCGAUCUUACAGCUUACCAAGUGCAUGGCGCUUGACCUAAUCAAAGACGGAAUACGGGUCAACUCUGUUUCUCCUGGAAUAAUUAAUACCCCUGCUCUUGACGCUAUCGUUGGAAGUGACGAAAUUCAGAGAGCGUUUUACGGUAGCACCCACAUGAUGAACCGAAACGGUGAAUGUUCAGAAAUUGCCGCCGCCAUCGUCUUCCUCUGCAGCAGAGACGCUUCCUUUAUCACUGGCGCUGAUCUCUCGGUAGAUGGCGGUUACACAGCGAUGGGACCUGAACGACACGGCCAAGAAGGGCCUAAUUUUACCGCAGCCAUUCCGGAAUAAUAGCAACAGUUGAUGAAUAGGGUUGGGGCGUUCAGCAGUCCAAGCAGCAAUCCCCAACAAACUAUGUUUUAUCUUAUAUAAUAUUAAGUCAUGCUGGAGAGUAAUUGUAUCAUCAUCUUGCAAUAAAAACGUUCAAAAUUUUCUAAUGUCAAAAAAUUUAGAAUAUUGUAAAGAAAAAAUCAAUCGCGUCUGUUUUUGUAGGUUUCGGAUAAUUUCAAAAUGCAAAUAAUCACAAGAAAACUAAUAGUUAGCCAUAGUCUACGUUACGCUUUUCAAUUGAUGCUUACCAGUACUCUGAGCAGACCCAAAUUUCUCGCCAGAUAUUUUCCGAUGAAUUUUAGGGGAAAUAGCCAGUGUUAAAUAUGUAUAUAAUGUCUCAUUGGUUAGGUUUUUCCACAAUACACCUUUAAUAUGAAUAAAAAAUAUGGGCAAUAUGCUGUCAAAUAUUUAUGAUAACGAAUGAUAACAAAUUGCAGAACUUUUUUAUUCUUCAUGAUAAGUGUUUACUUUGUAUCGUAUAUAUUAUUAUUACCUACGGAAAACGAGUCACUGCUUAUUAAGGAUGAACUAGGCUUGGAGGACUGCCACAGUUUUAUCUUGGGUCAAAAUGGGGUAAAUAUUCUGGUCUUAUACGUAAAGAUCAAUAGUUGGUCUUAUUACCUUUGUAAAGCGGACUUGCACAGUGGCAAUUGUAUUGAAUACAAUAAUAUGCGCACACAGACGUACGUUUCUCUUUAAGUGGGACCUAUCAUCACAGCUAGAAUUCUCACUGUAGGUAAUGGCAUACCAUAUACAAGAAGACCUUACAGUACCUUAUGUAGCUUGAUUAUAACAUGUAUAUUACGGUUUAUAUCAACCUACUACCCUCUACCAGGGUGGCAUGCAGACAUUACAGGAAAAAACGCCAAAAGCCACCCUGUGAUUUUUG